CAGUGUGCAAUUAAUCCCAUUUUGCUUUUGUUUUCUCUCUCUCUGUUUCUCUUUCUUUUCAGGAGGACAAUUGAAGUGUUUCAAAGGUGCAGCUGGUGGGGUUUGGUGGAGUUCAAGAGAUCCUCCUCCCCCGUGGCUUUAUUGAAUUGAUCGGAUGGAUUGCUACCCUCUGAUCAAAAGGAGCGCCGAGCCCUCCAUGAAAGCCAUUCACACGGUGGAGCGGCUGGCAGAUAACAUCAGCGAGAGGUGCUUCCUGCCCUGCGUGGAAAGGGUGGCCGGGCUGUUGGAUGCGAGGCCGUGCAAGAGCGUGAUUUGCACUGAGCAUGUCCCGCAGGAGAGGACCAUAUUAUGCAAGACGGCUGCAGCAGCAGAUGGGAGCAACGCCGGAGCCCAGCUGCAUCCCCUCUCUCCCUGUGCAUCUCCGGUGGCGACUCCCUGUCACCACCACCUCCACCACCUCCUUCUCCGCUCACCUGGACAUGGCUUGAGGGGCAAAAGCUUCUGGCUGCGGGGCAAGAUGGGGAACCAGGAGGGAAAGCAGAAGAAGGCGACGGGGGCGGACGGGCAGGACUGCGCGGACGACUCCAGGCUCAAAGAUGCCGACGGUACAAAGAAAGGCUCGGCGGGCAAGAAAGCCCACGCAAAGCACGGCAAGGGGACCGAGGGCAACAGAAAGAAGAAAUCCGAGUCUUCCCGUUCUGUUUUCUCCAUCAGGAAGAGAAAGCAGGCGUCCCGGGGUAAGAAUGCGACGGGGGAGUCCAGAGAGGAUGUGUGGGAGAACCGGGCCCUGUAUAUCGAGGAGUUGGACACCGUGUUGCCGCUCACAAAGACUCCGGACAUCAGCGUCUCUGCCGACGAGGGCGGCCUGACCGACACAGAGGCCGAGCAGCUAGACAUCACCGGCGAGAGUCUCCCCGCCGCCGAGCAGCCCAGCGGCCGCACCCUCAGCUCCGGCUCUGACACCGACAUCUACAGCUUCCACUCGGCCGCCGACCACGAAGACCUGCUCUCCGACAUCCAGCACGCAUUCGAGCGGCAGCUGCAGUCCUUCAGCCCGGGGAACAAGCAGGAGGCGCCCGGGGAGGGCAUCCGAGCAGCGGGAGGCAGCGUUGCCCCGCGGCUCUCUGAUGCUCCCAGGGCCGGGGAAGCGGGCAGUGUUGGGCCGCUGUCUGAUGCUCCUAGCACCGGGGAAGCGGACACCUCCACCCCGCUGUCAGGUGCACCCAGGGCCGGGGAAGCGGACACCUCCACCCCGCUGUCAGGUGCACCCAGCGCCGGGGAAGCGGACACCUACACCCCGCCACCGAAGGGUCCCAGCGCCGGGGAGCCCCCCAGCCUCGGUCAGACCGAGUGCCUCUCCUCGGCGGGACCCCUCUCACUUCCCCGGGCUCUGUCCAAGGACAGCGGGCGGCAGGUUUGCACAGACCCUCGGGUGGAAGGUCCGGUGUUGAACGGGCUCCACCACUCCCUCCCUCCUCCAACUCCCCGGGCAAGGAUCGGGGCGGCCGACUCGCCUUUCACCGAGAGCGACGCCGAGGUGUUCACUAAGCCCGACUCCCCGCUGCUCACUCCCCGGACACACAGGGCGGGGGUCAGACCCUACCCCCCGGUCAAUGCCACCUUCGUCAGGACCACCACCAGGCAGCUGAGCUCUCUCAGCAUCUCCCCCUCCACCUCCCCCUCUCACAGCCCCCUGAUUCAGAGGAGGCGGCGAGCCCAGGUCGAGCCCCGCGGCAGCCGAGAGCCGGCCAGAGUCGAGAGGUGCCCCAGUGGCAAGAGCACUCUCAGCCGCUCGGCGGACUGGACCGAGGAGCUGGGGCGGCCCACGGGGGUCGGUUUUAAGAAGGCGGGUUCCCUCGACUCGCUGCACCGCUCCGGACCUCUCCAAACCCCACCUCUACGACCGAGAAGGAGACCUUCCCUGGCCGAGAGUGGCUACCCCGAGAUCUUCACUGGGCGAACGUUGCUGGAAAAACUAUUUGGCCAGCAGGAAAAAGUGCAGCUUUCGGGCGAACACGAAGCCGAGAUGCUUUGCUCCCGUAUUCUGGCAAUGGGUUUGCUACUCCCAUUUGGCAACUGUUUCAGAGAACAGUUUUAUGGAGAAGCACCACAAACCACCACUAGAUUUGACCAGGACAAGCUGUACACGUGGGCCACAGUCAGCCAGCCCACUCAAUCUUGUGACCACGUGGAAGGUCGAAUCCCGGGGAGAAUCCAGACAGCGUGGCCGCCUACAAAGCCCUGGGUGGAAGAAACGCUGAAGCAUGUGGAGUCCGAGAAUCGUGAUGCUAUUCUCAGUCUGAAAAGGAUACAGAAAGAAGAACUGCACACAGUGCAAAAAGAUAAUGAAGAGAGAACGGCAGAAGUGAAGGAGCAACAGGUUGCUGUUAUCCAGAAACUCGAGCAGACGAUUGAGCAGCUAAGGACCAAAAUCGCUGAACUGGAGAAGCAGUCAGCGUUGCUUGACCAGGAAAGCGUUGUUAAAGAUCGUGUACCUGGCAAUGAGGGUGUGGUCUUGAACCCUUCCAAUGCCCCAACACAGUGGGAGACUCGCCUUCUACCCAGUACACGGCGAUGUUGUGUGGAAGCAAAAUCUGCCCAAACUUCACCCACUCAAGAACAUGCAUCUGUUCAAGUGCCUUUAUUCAACAGUCGGUCUUCACAGCUUCCACCUUCUGGCCCCAUUGUUUCUUCCUCUCAGGAUCAUUUGACAAUUGCAGCUUCAGCACAGUUGCUCACUCCGGGGGGUCUGUGUGUUGCUCCGGGUGUGUCCACCGCCCAGCCUGACCACGACUCCCUUGCUCCGUCCACACCGACGGGCCAAAGUUUACAACAAGUUCUGCCGCCGUCUUCAUCCUGUCGAGACUCUUCGCACGCGUUGCCUCACUGCCAAACGACUCCUCUCCCUCUGCCCGUCGCUGAGGGACUACAUUCGCCCACUCUGCCCAGUAGCAUGUGCCAGCCCUCGCCAGCCCCUCCGCACGACUCCGACCUCUCCUCACCACUCCUGCAUCCCCCUCCUCCACCUCCACCGCCGCUGCCUCUUCUUGCUGAUUCAGGUUGUGUUCCUCUACCUCAGCCGCUGCCUGGCUGUGGGUAUCCCCCUCCCCCUCCUGCUCCCCCUCUCCCAGGCUGUACGGCAUCCCCUCCCCUUCCCCCUCCUGCUCCACCACUCCCAGGCUGUACGGUUCCCCUUCCCCCUCUGCGGUUACCCCCCUCCCCUCCUCCUCCUCCUCCCCCACUUCCUGACUGUACUGCUCCCUCUCCCCCUCCCCCUCUCCCAGGCUGUUCUGCACCCCCUCCCCCUCCCCCUCUCCCUGGCUUUGCUCUGCCCCCACCCCCUCCCCCUUUACCUGGCUUUGCUCUCCCCCCUCCCCCUCCCCCUCUGCCAGGCUGUUCUGCACCCCCACCCCCUCCCCCUCUACCAGGCUCUUCUCUCCCUCCUCCUCCACCCCCUUUACCUGGCUUCGCUCCCCCUCCUCCCCCUCCCCCUCUGCCAGGCUCUUCUCUCCCCCCUCCCCCUCCUCCCCUGCCCGGCUCGGGGAUCCCUCCCUUCCCUGGUUCUGGGAUCCCACCCCCCCCCCCACCCCCACCCCCACCAGGCCAGGGCAUGCCCCCCAUUUUUCCCUCCAGCCUCGGGUCAUCUUCGCCACCCCUCCCGUCAGGAUUUUUUGGACUCGGAAUGACAAAGGACAAAUCGCCCAGGAAAGGUGCUGUCGAUCCAUCCCGUCCAAUGAAGCCCCUCUAUUGGUCAAGAAUUCAGCUGAGCAGCAAAAGAGAUACAGAUAUAAUGCCCAUUUGGGCAGCUCUGGAAGAACCCACCAUUAAUGCACAAGAAUUGGAAAAUUAUUUCUCAAAAUCUGCGGUCAAGGAGAGGAAAAAGCCAAUUUUGGACACCUACAGCAAAACCAAAACCCGGCAGGUUGUGAAACUUCUGAACAACAAGAGGUCGCAGGCUGUUGGAAUUCUGAUGUCUAGUCUUCAUUUGGAGAUGAAAGAUAUCCAGCAUGCUGUUCUGAACUUGGACAAUUCGGUGGUUGACCUGGAGACCCUUCAAGCCUUGUACGAGAAUAGAGCACAACAUGAAGAACUGGAAAAAAUUGAAAAGCAGAUCCAGAAGUCCUCCAAAGAUAAAGAUAAAGAUAAUGCCAAGCCUUUGGAUAAACCAGAGCAGUUUCUCUAUGAACUAGCUCAAAUCGUCAACUUCUCCGAACGUGUGUUUUGCAUCCUUUUCCACUCCACUUUCUUAGAAAGUAUUGGUGCCAUCAACCGUAAGCUUGAAUUAAUGGACAAGUUGUGCAAGACACUCCAAACAAGUGCCAGUGUGAAGCAGGUGCUGGGUUUGAUCCUUGCUUUUGGAAACUACAUGAAUGGUGGCAACCGAAGUCGAGGCCAAGCAGACGGCUAUGGACUGGAGAUUCUUCCCAAACUUCGGGAUGUGAAGAGCAGUGAUAACAGUAUUAAUCUCCUCUUCUACCUGGUGACAUAUUAUCUGCGGAAUUUUGAUCAGGAUGCAGGUACAGAACAAAGUGUUUUCCCUUUGCCAGAACCACAGGACUUGUUUCUAGCUUCACAGAUGAAGUUUGAGGACUUUGAGAAGGACCUCCGCAAACUCAAGAAGGACUUGAAAGUUUGUGAGACAGAAAUGGAAAAAGUCUGUCGCCUUUCACCAGAAGAACAUCUACAGCCUUUUAAAGAUAAAAUGGAAGAAUUCAUUAAUCAAGCAAAGUCGGAUCAAGAAUCUCAGGAAGCUUUCUUGUCUGGAACACACAAAAGCUUCUUGGAAACAGCAGCAUAUUUCAGCGUGAAGCCAAAGUCAGGAGACAAAGAAGUCACUCCAAAUCAUUUAUUAACCCUCUGGCAUGAGUUUUGUACCGAUUUCAAGGUGUACUGGAAAAAGGAGAGUAAUGUUAUACUGAAAGAGAAGAUCAAAGAAGCAGAAGCAGAAGCACAUAAGCACAGUCAGAAGAGAGAAAGGUCUUACUCAGUCAAGGAGAAAGUCAAAGCUGGAAUGAAAGCAAAGCUGUCCUUGAAAGACAAACGUAAUAAUGAAGCAUAUCCAUAGGACGCAGAGGAUUCGUGCAUUUUACUGUUGCCAUCCCCUUUUGCAUUUCUAUCUAUGUAAUGGCACUAUCUUAUCUCGACCCUUCUGUGCCCAUUAUAUAGAAGAAACAUUAUCGCUUUCAACUUGACUGGUCAAUUCAGCAAUACGAGCAUUGUACUCUUUAUCUGCAACGUUAGGGCAUUGCAUUUACCAACUGCAUGCUCGUAAGCCAAGUAACUAGACACCACAUCUUCAGGAAAGUAUCAGACCUGAAGAGUUCCUGGACUUUUGGGAGGCUGGGUUAGCUUUUGAACUGACGGUUUGUCGAGGAAGGCAACGCAAUCAGUGACUACAGGCGUUUAAUCCUUUCACUGGCACUGUGUAUUUUACAUUAAAAGAAAAGUAUAGAUAUAUAUAUAUUCCAGGAUAGCAUUAAAAAUUUGACAGAUUCUAGAUUUUUGUCCGACAAAUCAUUAACAGUGCAUGAGAAAUAGAUCAGUUAUUUUCUUAAAUAUCACUUUCUAAACCCCUCCAUAUCUUCUGCCCCAGGAUAACUUGCUAUCCUUUGGCAAUAUAUCUGCAUGGACGAGCUUCAUCUCGAAGGGAUUGAUCACUGGAAUAAAAAGUUGGGAGUAUUUUUGAUUUGCUUAGGAAGGCCCUAAUAUUGUUGUGAAGAAGUGUGAGGGUGGGGAGGAAUGAUGGUUAAGCCGGUUGGUAGUCACCAUUUCCCAGUAUUAAGGUGGAGCCUUGACUGUUGGAGAUGAUGUGGCUAUGAAAAGCACUGCUUGUAAGCAAUUACUAGGAUUAAGUUAUAAAACUAUAACAGUAAACACUUAUAUGUACACUCCAUAGUUCUUUUGUGUUUUAAAUGUAAAUUUGCCGUCUUCUUACAGUUCAUAAGACAACAUAUUAAAUUAUUUAAAUGUAGAUACAGCAUGUCGAUUUUAGAUUCUAUUGUUUCAGGAAAACUUGUAAAAAUGCUGUAAGUUGACAAUAGUCUGUUAAAAUCGCCAAGUGCAAUAUUGUAUUUAGUAUUUCUAUUUGGAGUUUCUUUUCGAGGUUUAUUUGUAUGAAAUGUAUUGUAGGUUUUUCUGAUAAAUAAAAUUUGACUAAUACUCAAAACUAUUUUUGUGGUAUGUCUGCCUGUACAUUAAUGCAGGGACUGGUGCUCAGUUACCAGAUUCAUCACAAAAUCAUGAGACAAAUAGAUUGGGUAAACACACAUAGUCUCUUGCCCAGAGUAGCGGAAUCGAGAAUCAUAGGUUCAAGGUGAAAGGGGAAAGAAUUUGUAAGAAACUGAGGGUUAACUUUCUCUCGCAAGGAGUGGUGGGUGUAUAGAGCAAGCUGCCGGAGGAGGUAGUUGAGGCAGGGACUAUCACAACAUUUUAAGAAGCUAUUAGACAGGUACAUGGAUAAGAAAGGUUUAGAGGGAUGUGGACCAUACACAGGCAAGUGGGACUAGUGUAGAUAAGACAUGUUAGUUGGUGUGGGCAAGUUGGGCCGAAGGGCCUGUUUCCACACUGUAUGACUCUGACUCUAUCUCUGCAAGCAUACAGCUUGAGUAGAUUUCUGAGUGCGUCUGAUUCACAUUUUUUACCUGCUUCCAGCAUCAGCAUCUCAAUAAAGUGGCCCACAAGUGGAAAUGGAUUGUUCACCAAAUCAUGCUUUUGUGUCUCUCCAAAGAAGAGACGAGAACUUGGGCAAUAACUUGGGAGCUGUCUGUUGGAUGCGAAAAGAGCUGAACAGGAGACACAAACUUAAUAAAACUAUACUAAACAUGGGCACAAAAUGCUGGAGUAACUCAGCGGGUCAGGCAGCAUCUUUGAGUUGAGUGGAGCUCAGUUGAGUUUAGUUUAUUGUCACGUGUACUGAAACACAGUGAAAAACUUUUGUUGCAUGCUAACCAGUCAGCAGAAGGACAAUACAAUCCGCUAUAUACAUAUAAAUGAAAAAGGGAAUAAUGUGAAUAACGUUUAGUGCAAGAUAAUGUCCAAUAAAGUCCAAUCAAUGAUAGUCCAAGGGUCCCCAAUGAGAUUGGGAUGGUUCAGUUGCCUGAUAGCUAUCUUUGGUGUGUGUUUUCAUACUCCUGGACCUUUUGCCCGAUAGGAGAGUGGAGAAGAUGGAGUGGCCAGGGUGCGGCAACUCCUAGAUGAUGCUGGUGGCCUUGCAGAGGCAGCAUGAGGUGUAAAUGGAGUCGAUGGAAGGGAGGUUGGUUUGUGUGAUGUUCUGGGCUGCAUCCACAAUUCUCUACAAUUUCUUGCAGUCUUGGGGGGAGCUGGUCCCAAAAGGAAUAGAUGAAGUUUCAGGUUGAGAAUCUUCUUCAUUGAGAGAAGGGGAGAGGGAAACAGAGGUAAGACAAGGUACAGAACAAAUCAGAGACUGCACCCAUGGCCAAUAGAAUGGAACCCACAAUGAAGCAUUGUUGGUUGUGGAAGAGGUGAUAACGAAGGAUGUAUGGAUAGAUGCUCCUUGCUGAGAUGAAGAUUCUGAGUUUCCCUAAGUACAACCUAAUAUAUUGCAUUACUGGUAUCAAAAUAUGUGUUAUUGUGCAAU